AUGAAAGAUAUGAAUUCCACCCUUCCUCGUACUCUCCCUGAGGAUUUGAUCACAGAAAUUCUGAUGAUGUUGCCUGUGAGAUCGAUAUUGCGUUUUAAAUGCAUGUGUAAGUCAUGGUUUUCUCUUAUUUCUGAUCCAGAAUUCGCUCGAUCCCACUUUGCCCUAGCUGCAACACCCACCACCAGAUUUUUUGUGUCAGCCGACGAUCAUCAAGUUAAAUGCAUAGAUAUAGAGGCAUCACUUCAUGAUGAUAAUUCUGCCAAAGUAGUCUUUAACUUUCCUCUUCCGUCACCCGAAGACCAAUAUUAUGAUUGCCAGAUAGAUAUGGUGGGUUCAUGUAGAGGAUUUAUACUCUUGAUAACCCGUGGUGAUGUCUUUGGUUUCAUCAUAUGGAAUCCUUCAACGGGUCUCCGGAAAGGAAUUAGCUAUGCGAUGGAUGAUCCUACAUAUGAUUUCGAUCUUGAUCGAUUUGGCUUUGGAUAUGACUCAUCAACUGAUGACUACGUGAUAGUGAAUUUAUCAUGUAAAUGGUUGUUCCGCACGGAUGUCCAUUGUUUCUCCUUGAGAACCAAUUCAUGGAGUCGCAUUUUGCGUACUGUUUUUUAUUAUCCUCUUCUGUGUGGACAUGGAGUGUUCGUUAAUGGGGCUCUUCAUUGGUUUGUUAAACCCUUUGAUCGUCGUCGUCUUCGAGCUGUGAUUAUUUCAUUUGAUGUGACGGAAAGGGAAUUAUUUGAAAUUCCACUACCACUUAAUUUCGACCUUAAAGAUCCAAUAUAUGAUUUGACGGUCAUGGAAGGAUGUCUGUGUCUCAGUGUUGCUCAAGUGGGUUAUGGAACUAGAAUUUGGAUGAUGAAAGAAUAUAAAGUGCAGUCGUCGUGGACCAAGUUAUUUGUUCCAAUUUACAAUCAGCGUCAUCCUUUUUUCCCUGUCUUUUGCUCAAUAUGUUUAACCAAAAAAGAUGAGUUUUUGGGAUCAAAUCAUAAGACAUUAGUGAAACUUAAUAAGAAAGGUGAUUUGCUUGAACAUCGCGCACGUUGGCACUACGUGGACUAUUGUAGUAUUUUAGUACGCCGUGGUGUGUACAGAGAGAGUUUGCUAUCACUCCCUGAGUAA